GCCAUGGGUGACGUAGCCUAGAGGCUGUUCCCGUGGUGAUGGCUCAGAGGCCUGGAGCUGAGCCGAUCCGUAGCGGAGCCGGAGCCAUAGUGGGUGGUUGCUGUGACCUUUUUCACCUCCUCCUGGGAGACCCAGUGAGUCAUUAUGCAACUAGCUAGGAUGCUUCCAUCAGAUUCUGUCUGAUUUGCCCAGCAGCCGUGAAUUAGAAUGUACACUGCCAAGAAAUGUGGAAUUAGAUUCCAGCCUCCAGCCAUCAUCUUGAUAUAUCAAGGGGAGGCCAAGGACAAAAAUCGUCAGCGCAUCAUGCCCAUCCGAAACUUUUCCAAGUUUUCAGACUGUGGUAGAGCUGCUGAACAGCUCAAGUACAACCCAAGACACAAGGCCUACCUUGAGGGGGUGUCUCUGCAGCAGUUGGAAAAAUUCUUCACUUUUUUAAAAGGUUUUCUACGGGGCAAACUGUGGACCAAACUAUAGAACAAAUUCAGCGGGGAAACAACCAUUAAUCCUGAGGAAGACCUGAACAAACUAGACGAUAAGGAACUUGCAAAAAGGAAGAGCAUCAUGGACGAACUCUUUAAGAAGAAUCAGAAAAAGAAGGAUGACCCAGAUUUUGUCUAUGACAUUGAAAUAGAAUUCCCGCAGGAUGAGCAGCUAGAGUCUUGUAGCUGGGAUGCAGAGUCAGAUGAGGAGUUCUAAUACUAAACAAGUCAAAAACUUAUUGAGACCUAGAAAUCUGCAUUAACUGCGACAACAUUGUUUAGGAUGGUGCAGAAUUUGAAAAAGGACACUAAAUGUACGUAUUGGGCCAAAAUAGAAUCUAAUGUGUUACUUUUCAAUCAACAAAUAUUUAUUGAGCACCUACUAUGUGCAUAUUUAUGAAUCAUCUAACCUGGUAUGGAGCUUGCCAUCAGUAUAUCCAUUCUAUAGAACAAACAAAUGUCCCUUGAUGAUGAGCAGGGGGCCUUGGCCCUGCUAGAAAAAGGCUAAUAUAAGUAGAGAUUCCCUAAUCCUGAACUCUUAAUGCCAUAUAAAGUAGGCAGAAUCUACCUGUGCUAAAUGAAUGACCAGAACAGUCAGCUAAUUCAUAAGUUUGGAUGUUUGUAAAAAAGGUUUUUAUAAAACAGUUGACCUUUUCAUAAGAAAUUACUCUCCCUUUUUUCCAAAAUAUUGCUUAAGGAAGAAAAACUUUACAUACCAGCUCAAAUUACUUCAUUAAAGAAAAUAAUGGGGGGCAGCUAGGUGACAGUGGAUAAAGCACCGGCCCUGGAUUCAGGAGGACCUGAAUUCAAAUCCAGCCUCAGACACUUGACACUUACUAGCUGUGUGACCCUGGGCAAGUCACUUAAUCCUCAUUGCCCUGCCCCCCCCAAAAUGCUUUAUGCAAAUAAACUUUAAAUAUGUAUUGUGUACAGAGUGUUUGGCACAGUGACCAUGCCAGGUGCUGGAGACAAUACGGAGAUUAGAUAAGAUGUUGUCCCUAUUCACAUGGAGACAUCAUGGAAUAAUUGGGAAAUCCUAAAGACUAAUUAAUAACUUAACAGAUUAUAUUUAACACCAAGAUAUCAUCAGAUAAAUAAUAAUGAAAUAUUACUUAAAAAACGAUUGGUCUUUCCUUAUUUCCACCAUGUCAAAAGUCUCCCUCAGAAUUACUCUAAAGGCUUAUAGCUAAUUCUCAUAUCUGUUGAGAAGCUACCUUUAUCCCUGUAUGACUUUCUCUAACUGUUGUAUCUUGAUUAUACUCAAAUGGAUCUGGGCUCCCAAUGACUCAGGAAUGCCUUCCAACAAUGUCUGUGUCUGCCUAUUGUGUGUGGACUCUUAUCCAUGUUUUCUCAAAAGUUCACACACAGGCGCUCCAACUAGUGUGCUAGAAGCUGUUCUUGUUUCUCAUUAUCAAAAAAGCACCAGUAGGCGAGGGGGGUGGGGGGAAGCACCAGUGGGGGGCAGGACCUGAGUUCAAAUUCGACUUCAGACACUUGACACUUAUUAGCUGUGUGACCCUGGGCAAGUCACUUAACCCUCAUUGCCCCACCAAAAAAAAAAAAAGAAGAAGCACCAGUGGAUCACCCUUGCCAGAAGAUGACCAGUUCAUGGUUUCCUUUCCUACAAUUCCCAAUGCUGUUCUUUCAGACUUCUCAUUACAUAUUGUAUGCGGCCUGCUCCCACCUACCAUGUCCCUCUCUAUUGCUCUCUGUACACUAAUUAUUAUUUCUUCAAAGGCAGUAUAAAUUACACAUCUCAUUGCCAUAUAGCAACACUAGUAAGAUGUUAGUAUUGAAAAUACGGGCCUUUGCUUUAAUGAGAAGUCAUUAAAGAAAAAAAAAAAAGCCUUGCAAUUUACAGAAGCAAGUCAGCUGCUCUCCUCCUCUUAAUUAUAAUAACUAGCAUUAUUUACCACUCUAAGAAUUGUUAAGCACUUUGCAUGUGUUUAUUUGAUCCUCAAAUCAACCCUGCUAGGUAGGUGCUAUUAUUGCCAUUUACAGAUGAGGAAGUUGAGGCCAAGAGAGAUUAAGUGACUCACAGGGUCACACAGCUAAUAAAUACCUAAGACAAGAUUGGAACUCAAGUCAUUCUGACUCCAAGUCCAGUACUUUAUCAACCAUACUACUAAGCUGUUGCAAGUAUGGGCUGUCCAGUUAUGCUGUCUUUCCCAGAUUACAUACAGUUGGAGUCCGUUAGUACCAGGUCUGGAGAGCCAAUUGUUAAGUUUUCAGUGUGAACAUAUACAUCUCAGUUAUCAGCAAAUGCUACAAAUCAGGGCUUGAUUUUUGGUGUUGACUAUUUUUAAAUGAUGCAUAAAAUAUUAAUAAUACAGACUAAUUUUAAAGUA